UUACAUAUUCUCAAGAGCUCAUAUUCAUAUAGGAUUAGUCCUUGAUUCAUUAUCAACGAUAAAUUCUUAAGAACUUGUACCCACAAUGAAUUAAUCUUUAAUUUGUUGGGUUGGGAGAUAGGGCGUGCGACCAAAAAAGAAAUUAUAAAUCAGAAAGGGAUUGCAGUGAGAAUCUGGCUGGAGCUGGGUUCUUCAGUCUUGACACUACUAUUGUCACUGCCGUUUCUACACAGAAAAAAUUUCCCGGUCAUCCUGAAAAAGGUUUACUUCGCUAUACUGUCACCGGUCGGCGAGGAUGACGGCGCCGCUGACAGAGCUAGAUGACGAUACGGUGCGCAGCAUGUCCAUAGCGGCGGUUUUCUCCGACUUCGGUGGGAAAAUAAAUUCUCUUGAUUUCCAUCGCAAAGAUGAUUUACUUGUCACAGCAAGCGAGGAUGACUCAGUGCGACUAUAUGACAUUGCCAAUGCUAAGUUGUUGAAGACCACUUAUCAUAAGAAACAUGGUGCUGAUCGCAUUUGUUUUACUCAUCAUCCAAACUCUGUUAUAUGUUCUUCCAAGUACAAUUUGGAGAGUACUGGAGAAUCAUUGCGGUAUUUAUCAAUGUAUGACAACCGAUGCUUACGGUACUUCAAAGGGCAUAAACAGAGAGUUGUUUCUCUCUGCAUGUCUCCAAUCAAUGAUAGCUUCAUGUCUGGUUCUCUGGACCACAGUGUUAGAAUAUGGGAUCUCCGUGUAAAUGCCUGCCAGGGAAUCUUACGUCUACGUGGUAGGCCUGCUGUUGCCUAUGACCAACAGGGCCUGGUCUUUUCUGUAGCAAUGGAAGGGGGAGCUAUCAAAUUGUUUGAUUCACGUUCAUAUGAUAAGGGUCCCUUCGACACCUUUUUGGUUGGCGGUGAUACAGCUGAGGUUUGUGAUAUCAAAUUCAGCAAUGAUGGCAAAUCAAUGCUUCUGACUACCACUAAUAACAAUAUCUACGUUCUUGAUGCAUAUGGAGGAGAAAAGCGCUGUGGGUUUAGUUUGGAACCAUCUCCUGGUACCACAAUCGAGGCUACAUUUACCCCAGAUGGGAAGUAUGCUGUGGCAGGAUCCGGAGGUGGAACCAUGCAUGCUUGGAAUAUUGAGACCAGAAAUGAGGUUGCAUGUUGGAGCAGCCACAUUGGCGUACCUUCGUGCUUGAAAUGGGCCCCUCGCAGGGCUAUGUUUGCUGCAGCCUCUUCUGUUCUUACCUUUUGGAUACCUAAUAAUAAUGGUAAUGGUUCAAAUCCGAGAGCUGAGUAUGGUGGAACUGACGCUGAACCUGGACCUCAGUCCCAACCAUUAGUUCAUUGACAACUGAGUUUUCUCUAAAAGCUACAGUUUCGAUGCACGAAGAAAUCAGUCAAAGCAUUUUCUUGGCCAACUUCGCAGAUUUGUUCGGUAACAGAAUUAUGGGAAUGUUUUCAAUUGUAAAUUCCUUAGUAGAAUGUUCUUUUUAGGGAAAAAGCACACUUGAUACUCCUGAGGUUAUUUUGUAAUUUUGUUUCAAUAUCACUCCAACCAAAUGUUUUCAAAUGAAUUCAGCUUAAUCAUUCUGUUAAAAAUUGACAGAUGAUGGUUAGUUUGUCUUUUUCCCACAAAUUUUCAUUGUUACCCCAUGUCAACCUCUAUCCCUUCACCACCUUACUUCUACACCACAACCAUCUCUCUUGCUGCCAACACUACCGCCACCCCAACUCCGCACACAACCCUUCAAUCUCCCACCAAUCAUAAACAACCUGACAAAACCUCCACCCACACCACCGCUCAACCUCAAUCACCAACAUUGUCUGCACCUCCACGGCUCUACUAUCACAGUAGCACCACCACUACCUUCAACGCAACUAUAAUAGAACCCUAUUGGUUUGUGAAGUCGGAACAUCAUUACGGGUUGAACCCUAUUUGUAGCAAAGACGAUGAUGUUAGUGUUCUUUCUUUGAUUUUCUUUGAAGAGUUUCUUGAAUUUUGGGUUGAUUUUGUUUGGAAAGUUUGCUUAUUUGAUGGUGGUGGAGGCUUGUGGUGAUGGGGGUGGUUGUUUGUGGUGUUGGUGGUGGAGGAGGAGAGAUUGAAGGAAGGGAAGAAGAGAAAUGUAUUGGAUGAUGAAGAGGUGGGAAUGUCGCAACAAUGCCAAAUUUAGAGAAAAAUAAUUUGACUUUUGAAAUAUAAUGAGUAAGAAUAAUGGAGAAGAGAGGGUAAUUUGCUGCAUUUGAAUAAACAUCGACUAUACGUUCAUCAGUAGUCAUUUUGUUGUGAGAAUUUUGUUAUAUCAUUUGUAAUUGGUAGAACAAACUCAGGUAUAGUCAACUUCCCGUGAAGUUGAUAACUAAGAGGUGUUAGAUUAGUUG